ACUGAGACAGGUUACGUUUUCUGAACUGUGGGCAAUUCAUACCACAAUUAUGGAGUACGCCUCCCUUCAUGACGUCAUGAGGCAAAGUUUCGGUGCCACGUUAUACAACUGUAUCGAUGGAAAUAAUACUAAACGAUGCGCAAACAUGUAUAAACUCUUUGUUCCGGUAGUAUAUGCGAAACAUAGGAUGCUGUGGGUGCAAUUUUAUUACGAGAUGGAAUUCUAUACAAUACAUCCUAUUGACUUACAAUUACUAAUGGAUGUAGACAUUGACUCCACCAAAUGGACAAUAAAGAAGGUAUGGUAUGACCACAAACUGUACCAUACAUAUGAGGAUUUCAUAAAAAGCUAUAACAACGGAACAGCAACAAAAAGAAGACAGAGUUUUCCAGGUACUAGAAAUAAGUUACAGAGACGGUAUGGAUCUGUACGUCCACAGCAUACUUUCUCGAGUAAAGGUAUGAAACGUCCACCCGUUCAGUUAGAAUUUGAUGGCCACCGAUAUACUGUCAAAGGCCAGACGGUUAGAUAUUCAAAGUGGAGUUUCCACUGGGUAAAUUCUAUAAAGAAAGGACCAACACUAUUUGAUAUAAAGUUUGAUGAGGAGCGUAUUGUGUAUGAACUUGGACUGCAAGACAUCGUGGUCUUAUACACGGGUGAUAGUCCAGCGAUGUCUCGCGCUGCUUUUGCAGACGGAUUAACUGGUUUAGGUAGUAAAUCAGCAGGCUUAGUUCCUGGUGUUGAUUGUCCAGGUCAUGCCACUUUCCUCAACGUCACCAUAACGACAGAAGAAUUUCAGGCUGGCGGUAUUCUGCCGAAUGCAAUUUGUUUGUUUGAACACAAUCUUGGUCGACCUUUACGAAGACAUUACUCUACAAUAGAGGCCGAAGGAGGAGUGUUUUAUGGUGGAUUAGUUGCCACUGUUCUCAUCUUUCGUACUAUCUACGUUAUCAACAAUUACGACUACAUCCUGGACUACAUGUUUUAUGAGAACGGUGCCAUCGAAAUACAGAUAUAUCCAACAGGCUAUGUUCUUACUACUUUUCAGCAUCCUUCUGAACGUCAUUACGGAUUCAAAGUUGGAGGUAAAUCCACUGCUCCGAUGCAUCUGCAUUUAUUUCAUUUUAAGCUCGAUAUUGAUAUCUUAGGAAGGGAAAAUAGGUACGAAACCUUGGAUAUUGAGGUUGAACAGUUCGAUUAUCCGAAUCUCAAUGAUCAAGGUAUUGAUGACAGUUACAGGUAUAAACUAGCACGCCAUCUUAAAAAUACAGAACUAGAAGCGACUUACAAAUUUAAUUUCUCUUUACCAAAAUACCACGUUGUGUAUAAUGAAAAAGCUAAAAAUAUUUACGCCGAACAUAGAGGAUAUAGAAUACAGGCAAAUGGAUUUGUUAAUCAGUUACUACCUGAAGACAUCGGAUUCGAGAGUGCCAUUCCAUGGUCACGAUACCAGAUGACGGUAACCAAACAAAAGGAUACAGAGGAGUCUAGUGGAUCCGCCCAUACAACAUUUGAUGCUGGUAAACCGGUCGUCGACUUCCAAUCGUUUUUAGAUGACGACGAAAACAUCGUUGAUGAGGAUCUUGUUUUCUGGUUGACACUGGGUACUCAUCACAUCCCGAAGGCUGAAGACAUACCAAACACAGCCAUGACAAGUAGUGCUUUAUCCAUACAGCUGACACCUUUCAACUUUUUCAACGAGGAUCCGUCAAUGGAAUCUACUGAAUCGGUCUACAUCACGCCAAAAUCUGUAUUUGAGCCUAAAAAUGGACUAAAUAUACAAGGAAAUUUUGCUCAUAAAGCUGGAUCUUGUUUCCCAAAAAUGUUUAAUUUUGAUCAACUGGAGAAGGAUGGGAGUUCAAUUUUCUUUCCCUAUUCGUGACAUAAUAUGUUAUUUCCAAAGAUGUAUCGCAAUUGUGUUUACUGUGCAGUAAUUACAGAAUAUAUAACAAAACACAAUAUAUUAAAUUCCCAGUUUAUUAAUUGUUGGCAAUAUGUGUGGUCACGACUGAAGUUAUUAACUAUCUUAUUUAGUUCACAAUGUAAUUGUGUGUCGCCGCUUCUUGGCUGACACAUCAAUUUUAACAUAAUACUGAGCACCACGCUCUAAAUAAACAACAACAACAACAAAAUCAGUUUCCAAAGUCAAAUCAAAAGUUCACAAUGAAAGUCACGAAAUAAUUAAAGUGGAAUAUUAUAAAUGUUACCCUGGAAACAGCAGUACCAUGCCUUAAUACUUGAGAAAAAUAAUAACUGAAGGUUAUGCUGCCGCGUAACGCCAA